UGUUGACGUGGCAUCUGCCACGAGACAGCGCCCACGCCUGGGCCCGCGUCGGCGCAACGUCGCUUGGCCCAUGCACCUCGCUUGUCGACGCAUGCUUCCGCUGCUGCUUCGCUAUUGCAGUUUCGUUGCCUUUGUUAGCGAUGGCGUCUAGUGGUCGGCGGCCGCAGGUCCCUUGGCUCUUAUUUUCGGCACUGCCACCAUUGCAAUUUGCAGGAUGCAGCAAGCGGUCCGGAAGGUGCAGGCGGCCAACCUUCUCGUGUUCGCGCCGCAUUGGGGCAGCGCGCACUUGGCGCGCGACGUCUUCCUCCAGAAGGCUCUGGAUGCUGGCUUUGAUGGCGUCGAGAUGUCGCUACCACUCGACGUCGCCGAGCGCACCAAGUGGACGGACGCCAUUCGCGCGUCGGGCCUGCACCUCAUUGCGCAGCAGUGGGAGACGGUCCUGCACAGCGACUUUGCUGAGCACAAGCGCGCGCUCGCCACGUACCUCGAGAACGCGGUCGCUGCGCGCCCGCGCCUUGUCAACACGCACACGGGCAAGGACUGGUACUCGUUUGCGCAGAACGCCGAGCUGCUCUCACUGGCCGACGAGGUGAGCCACCGCAGUGGCGUGCCCAUUGUGCACGAGAUCCACCGCAGCCGCUUCAGCGGCCACCCGACGCUUUUGCUGCCGUAUUUGGACGCACGCCCCGACCUGCGCCUCAACGCCGACCUCUCGCACUGGUGCGUCGGCUGCGAGUCGCUCCUCGAGGACCAGACGCACGUACUGCAGCGCGUGUUCCCGUUCGUGCAGCACAUCCACGCGCGCGUCGGCCACAGCCAAGGGCCGCAGGUCAACGACUUUCGCGCGCCCGAGCACAAGGACGCCCUCGACGCGCACGUCGGUUGGUGGGACGCGAUUCUGGCGGCGCAGCAGGCGCGCGGCGAGACGGUGCAUACGAUCACGCCCGAGUUUGGUCCGACGCCGUACACGCAGACGCUGCCGUACACGAACGCCGCCGUCUCGGACGCCUGGGAGCUCAACGUGGCCAUGCUCCACUUCCUCCGCGACCGCUACACGUACCUCCAUAUACGGCAUGUACAGACGAAGCGAAAUACGCCCUGUUGAUCCUAGUGUGAGUGUGUUCUCUGCCGGCACCUCGAGCAUGGUCGUCGCGCAGACGCCAGAAGGCUAGGUUGAGGAUCAUGGCAUGCUAACGAGGCGAACGCGACGAUGCGAAUGGUCAACGCACAAGUCAUUGGUGUGGCGCAGACCACCGCGUCUUCUUGUGUGUCUA